CGGCACGCGCGUGUGCACGAGGUGAGGGCGACAUGGAGGCCGCGGCCUCGACCGCUCCCGCCGCCUCAACCGCAGCCGCAGCGUCGACUCCAGAGGCCCCGACGGCGCUGGAGCAGCUGGACGAAGAGCAGAUUAAAAAGGCGGUGGAAGUUCUGUUGACACACACCAAGUCCAGGAAGAAUGCUAAUGGAUUGCUUCUGAAUGAGAAUGAAAAUUUCUUUUUAAUGGUGGUCUUAUGGAAAAUUCCAAGUAAAGAACUGAGGGUCAGAUUGUCUUUGCCUCAUGGUAUUCGAUCAGAUUUAGCAGAUGUUUGCUUAUUUACCAAGGAUGAACCCGAUUCAACUCCUGAAAAAACGGAAAGUUUUUAUAGGAAGCUUUUGAACAAGCAUGGAAUUAAGACCGUUUCUCAGAUCAUUCCCUUUCGAACCUUAAAAACAGAGUAUAAAGCCUAUGAAGCCAAGCGCCGCCUCUUGGCUAGUUUUGACUUCUUCCUCACUGAUGCGAGAAUUAGGCGGCUUCUACCCACACACCUGGGGAGACAUUUCUAUCACAGGAAGAAAUUUCCAGUACCUGUAAACCUGCUGGCCAAGAAUUUAUCCAAAGAGAUCAAUGAAUCUAUUGGUGGAACUGUCCUAAACAUCUCUAAAAGUGGUUCUUGCAGCGCUAUCCGCAUCGGCCACACUGGGAUGCCGGCUCAGCAUGUCAUCAAAAACAUCCUUGCUGUCGCCAAGGGGCUUGCACAGAAGUUGCCGGAGAAGUGGGAGAGCGUCAAACUCUUGUAUGUGAAAACUGAAAGGUCGGUUUCUCUUCCCAUCUUUUCUUCGUUUGUCAGCGUUCAGGGUGAAGCCAAAGGAGUACGCACUCCUAGCCAAAAGAAAAAGGAAGCGAGAAAACAACAAAGGCGAAAAGAAUAUCUGCAAAAAAAGCGACUUAUGAAAGAGGCUGCUGCCGCUCCAUCGGCCCUUACUAAAGCUGAGGUGACCCCUAAAACCAAUGGUACUCCGGCGAAGGGCCCUAAGCCCCAGAAGGCAGAGACCCCAAAGCAUGACAAGAAAAAGAAGGGUAAAGGAAAGGCUGUAGUGAAAGUGCAAGACGAAUCAGAAGAUGAGAUUCCAUUACUGGUCCCAAUUGGAAAACCACCUGCUAAAGAAAAUGGGCAGAUACAAAAACAGGACACAGGAAAGAAAUCUCAAAAGAAGAGUCCUGGUCCCAACACACCUCGAGGGAAAAAGAGAAAGGCUGUCCCUGCUUCGGACACCCCAAAAGCUGAAGAGCCCAAAACUCCGGGUAAAGGUCCAGGGAAGAAGCCAAGAAUUAAGGAAGAAGCAGGGAAAGAAAGAAAUCUUCCAAUGGGGAAAAAAGACCCAAGACAGACUCCCAAAAAGCCAGAGGCCAAAUUCUUCACUACUCCUAAUAAAUCUGCCAAAAAAGCCCAAACCCCCAAACAAUCUACCAAAAAGCCCAAAGUGCCGCAGUCGGCCUGAAAUCAGUGACUCCGCCAGGAGGAAGCCGCGUAAGAGCUACCUGAGGAGCUUUUAGGAUUACCCAAGUCUUGACCCCCUUGCAGCCCCCUCUGCGUGAGACCUGGACUUGAGCCUAUUUUCAAACCUAACAAGUCAUUCUGGUGUGUGUUCCUGAGUAUGAGAAGCAGUAGUUUGAAGUAAAUCCAUUUUUUAAUUGCUCUUCUGUGUAUUUAAUAUAAUAGAGGGGAAAUACACAGUGUUUCUCUGUGGUUGUACUUAUUAUUAAAAUAGAACAUUUACUAUUGAGUAUACCUUUGGCAUUUCAUAUUGGCUUUACUUGAAUGUCAAUGAUGUGACUUCAUCUUUUCUGAUUUUUUUAAAUUGAGGUAUGAUUGACAGUCAUUUCAGGUGUACAACAUAAUGAUUCACUGUAUAUAAUGCAAGACAGUUACCACAGUGAGUGUAGUUAACAUCUGUCACCGUAUGUGGUUACAAAAAUAAUGUUAACCAUUUAUUUGCACAGGGUUCAUUACUCUGGGUUGUACAGACAUCCCCACAGCUUGUCAGUGCGCCAUCACAGGCUCCCUGCACCAGCAGCAGAGUGGGCUUAAGGGCGCUUUGGUGAUUGUCAAGAAUGACUAUCACUGGGUUCAGACUGGGUACUGCAUUCCUAGUAAGGGCAGGAAAGGCCGAGGUGAGGCUUGCUUUCCGAGGUCAUGUGCAUCAGAAACAUGGGGAAUGACCCUUUGGUCUGCUCACCUGGGAAGAGUUGAGACGGCUUUGCUUUUUAGUGGCACAAAUAAAACCAUUAACUUUAAAUUAUGAAGGUCUCUCGUGGUAAUUUAUAAUUGUGUCUCCUUGGACAUUUAAAAAUAAAUACAUAUUUGAAGUGUUAUAAGGGUUUAAUUGAUGUGUUUUCCACAGGAAUUAUGUUCUGCAGGAAGGUGGUCCGACUUCCCUUAAAAGGGAAGCUUUAGGUCUCUUGUUUUACAGAGGACAGACAACCAUGUAGUCAUUCUCUACUUGACAACUCUCAGGGCCUGGACAUGGGGUUUUCUAAUCCUAAUCUUGCCAAAUAAAGAUUUUGCAGUGCCACCAUG